AUGUAUAGACUCCCUUUUAGAAGUCGCGCAUGCUGCAACUCCAUCAGCAAUGUAGUCGCGAAACAAACUGGCUCGCAAGCAGCCAGAAGAUUAUCCUUACCACGAAUCAGAUAUGCAUCGACGAAUGUACCAAAUGAUGGUGAAGCUGCAUUAGAAACACCGAAACCAGCGACGAGAGUUCUUACCGAAGAACAGCGGAAGUUCUUGGAACGUGCUCUCAGAGUCAACCAAGCAGGCGAGCUGGCAGCAACUUUGAUAUACACAGCCCAAACGCCCCCAGUUGUGAAAGCUCAUCCGCAUCUACAUCCGUUGAUGAAGCACAUGUACGACCAGGAAGCGGGUCACUUCAAAACUUUCAACGGUCUGCUGGCGAAGCAUCGCAUUCGACCAACUGCCUUGUAUCCGGUAUGGCAGGCCGCUGCAACUGUGCUGGGUUGGACGACUGGCAUGAUGGGUAAAGAAGCUGCCAUGGCAUGCACCGAAGCUGUAGAGACUGAAAUCGGUAAUCACUACAAUAGUCAGGUCAGGGAACUGUUCAAAUGGAUGAGCGAUCUCAAAGAAAGAGGAGAAGAACUAGAUCCAGAGUUGGCAGAACUUAUUCAAGAUGUAAAGAGGAUCCGAGAUGAAGAGCUAGAACACCUAGACCAUGCUGUCGAGCAUGAUGCAAAGGAAGCCCAACCAUACGAACCUUUGACCAAGGUCAUUCAGUAUGGCUGCAAAGGUGCAAUAUGGCUCAGUGAGAGGGACGCCUUAAUCUUCUUUGUGCUCGCUAUGCUGCUUCUCGGGGGACUGCUCGAGGCCGUCGUCGACAAGGACAUCAGUCUCGUCUGUAUCCCCUUUCUCUUGGUCGGACCAAUCCCACCGUUCUAUCGUCGGUUCACUGAGCGAAUCCGUCGUUUCGAACAGAUAAUUUUGGUCCAUCUCUCCCCACGGCUCAAGAACUGGCUUCGGUCCUUCGCUUUUGCACGUCUGGCACUCUUCGGCAAGCUCGUCUUGGAGAUCUCGCUGCUUCUUGCAUCUGAUCGUUAUCUCCCACGACUGGCCCCACAUUCUCUGGCACGGAAACUUUUUAUGCUCAUAGUGACCUUCUUUGUCACAGCGGACCGACUUGGUGAAAACGUUGCGGCACAUCUUGGCCGAGGAUAG